GCCGAUGUUUUGUUGUCAGCGGUAGGUGACGUUCCUGCUGUUAACUGGUUAUGUGGAAUCGGCGAAAAGGAGCUCUUUAAAAGUGAUGGCGGAGGGGAGUGGGAGCGAUGUUGUUUCCGAGUUCUUAACUCAAAACCCCCACCUGGCACAAUGGGUGGACUCUUUAAAAGACGACUCCGAGCCAAAUAAACAGUGGUAUGCCAGACGAGAGUUUGUACUGCGCAAUAUGGAGGUCUUUCCUACCAUCCAACCAGGGCGGCAGACUCCUAGUCUGGAUAGGCUUAUUUCUCUAUCCAAGGUUUGGUCCAACCAUGUUUUCUUAGGCUGCCGAUAUCCCCAGCCUGUGAUGGAUAAAGUGAAAGAGAUGGCAGAAGGGAUCACUGUAAAUGAAGCUCCCGUUCGAAAGACACGAGAUGAGAUCUUGGGAAAAGGGAAGAGGCCUUCUACUUCAGGUAUAGGCAGUGAGAGUUUGGCUAAGAAAAGCAAAACUGGCCAUAAUGAUACUGACAGUAAGGCUGGAGAACGCAACACCACACAUCCAAUCGCUGUCACUAUCAAAUCAGGCCCCUCGGCAGGGGCUCCUGCAGAGCAUCAGCCCUUCUUCAACCGCCUUUACAAAGCCGUGGCCUGGAAGCUGGUGCCAGCAGGAGGUUUUGGACCCAACCUGGAUCAUUUCGAGAUCCUGCGCGCCUGUGUUGAAUCAUGCAAGGCCAGCCUCACCUGCGUAUUCGUACCGCUCAAAGACAUUCCCGACCUUCCCGCUGGCUGCGCACAGAAGGAGGGGCAGGUUUGCGAGCUGCGCUGCCACACGGUCUACAUGGGCACAGGCUACGGACGGGAUGAGUGCGCCGCUCGGGCCAUGGCUUCAAAGGAGGCCCUCAAAAUAUUUCAGGGGCGGAAGGUGACAGUGAAGGUCUCCCGUCGGAGGUUUCGUGGACAAGAUGUGGAGGACCUGGUGCUGCUGGAUGACCAGCCCAGAAGCUCCAUUUUGCCACCUGCUUUAAGCUAUCCUUUUCAGGCCAACCAGUAAAUGCCCUCCUAUCUGCAGUGCCAGUGUAACUGCUGCAUUUGAUUAGCAGUCAUAGUUGAGUCCCAUGUUUCAAUUCCAAAGUUGUUGUUUUUUUUUUUUAAAUUGCACUUCAGUUGUAGUUAUAUGGGUUGCUUUUACCUAUUAUAUAUUACAUAUUGUAGGUUUAUUAAAGAAAAAGAAUGAAAGCUUGAAAAGAAAUGUAUUUUCUUAAGUGGUAUGAAGACAUUUAUACAGUUAUAAGUAGCAAGCAUUCUCCAUUGUUCCAAAAAUAUUUCACAAAGCUUGAUGCAUUUAAAAGUGGAGCAUUAUCCGAACAAUCAGUAAUGGCACACAAGGCAGUGGCUUUAGAUGCAAGCAGGACAUUUUGUUUAGAUAUAGCAUAUCAAGUUGACUUCUAUAGAUGAUGGUCACAAAGCUGCUGUUUUAAUAUUUUAUGUUAACUAGAAUAUGAUUUGCUGUAUCUGUUAGCUAAACGUUACAUCUGGCAAAUAGGCAAACUGCAACUGGCAACUGCUGAUUGUUAAAUAUUUCAUGUUAAUGUCAGUCUAAAGAUAUAAGCAAAAUAAUGUAACUCUUGAAAUACUGAGCUUGUUUAUGAAGAUAAACAGAUUUGUAUGGUCCUUCACAAGUGCUGAUGUACAUCAAAAACAAGUUUUAAUUAUUUAAUUGUCCUUUUAAAGAUAUUGUAUAUCUUUAUCUAAGUGUAGAUUGAUUUUGAAGGAUCAGACAUGAAUCACUGUGAUAGGCUCCUCACUUUAGAACAGAUGGAAACUAAUUGAUUUCAUAUGCUUGUUAAUACAACAGUUAGUCAACACUUCUUUUGCUUGAUUUUUAGUUUUGUACGUUCUAUUAUAGAUAUAUGUGACUCAUGCUGUUUCUGCAGCUUCUUUCCUUUGAAAUGUUAAAAUAAUUUCAGUGUUUCAAAUAUUGAAAAAUUGUGUUAAUGUUGGCUGAAUAUUUUCUCAGUAUUUCAGUAACAGUUUUUUGGUAUUCAGGUUUGCUGCCUGUUUGUAUCAGACACAAAAGCUCAUACAACUAAGGAGAUCCACUGUUCAUUACAAUCCAGAAUUUAAUACUUGAUUUAGAUUGUCUUGUAAAAAGACAAAGUCUUUUAAGUUUUUCUUUCACUCUGAAUCUAAACUGUUUUAGUAAUUUAUUACAUUAGUUUUAUUUUUCCUACUUUAAAUCACAGUAAUUUUUGUUGUAUCCGAUUGAUAACAAUGCAUCAAAUGGUGCAUGCUUUUGGUGAAGGUAAUGAGCUGUCUAUAUUUUUACCAAAAUAAACUGUAUUUGAGAAAGA